AUGUCUUCUUACGCAUUAUCUGAGUCACACCGACACUUGCUCGAGGAGCAUGUCGCUGAGUUUGAUCCUGAAGUCGCAGGAAUCAUGAAGGAUGAGAUUGCUCGUCAAAGAGAGUCAAUUGUCUUAAUUGCUUCUGAGAACUUCACUUCUCGUGCUGUUUUCGAUGCACUUGGAUCUCCUAUGUGUAACAAGUACUCUGAGGGAUACCCAGGUGCUCGUUACUACGGUGGUAACCAACACAUUGAUCGUAUUGAGACCUUGUGUCAAAACCGUGCUUUGGAGGCUUUCCAUGUCACUGCUGAUAAGUGGGGUGUCAAUGUUCAAACCUUGAGUGGAUCUCCUGCCAACUUGCAAGUUUACCAAGCUAUUAUGAAGCCUCAUGAGAGACUCAUGGGUCUUGACUUGCCUCAUGGUGGUCACUUGUCUCAUGGAUAUCAGACUGAUGCUCGUAAGAUCUCUGCUGUUUCGACCUAUUUCGAGACCAUGCCUUACCGUGUUGAUCUUGAAACCGGUUUGAUUGAUUACGAUAUGUUGGAGAAGACUGCUGUUUUGUUCCGUCCUAAGGUUCUUGUUGCUGGUACUUCUGCUUACUGCAGACUCAUUGACUACAAGAGAAUGAGAGAGAUUGCUGACAAGGUCGGUGCUUACUUGGUGGUUGAUAUGGCCCACAUUUCUGGUCUGAUUGCUGCUCAAGUGAUCCCCAGUCCUUUUGAGUAUGCUGAUAUUGUCACCACUACUACCCACAAGUCGCUUCGUGGACCUCGUGGUGCUAUGAUCUUCUUCAGACGUGGUGUUCGUUCUGUCAACGCCAAGACUGGUAAGGAGGUUUUGUAUGAUCUCGAGGGUCCUAUUAACUUCUCUGUUUUCCCCGGACACCAAGGAGGUCCUCAUAACCACACCAUCACCGCCCUUGCUGUUGCACUUAAACAAGCUAACACUCCUGAGUUUGUUGCUUACCAAAAGCAAGUUCUUAAAAACGCCAAGGCUCUUGAAGAGGCUUUCAAGGCUUUGAACUACACUCUUGUUUCCAACGGUACUGACUCGCACAUGGUUCUUGUUUCUCUCCGUGACAAGGGUAUUGACGGUGCUCGUAUCGAGACUGUUUGUGAGCUUAUCAACAUUGCUCUUAACAAGAACUCUAUCCCCGGUGACAAGUCUGCUCUUGUUCCCGGUGGUGUUCGUAUUGGAGCUCCUGCCAUGUCCACUCGUGGUCUUGGCGAGGAGGAUUUCAAGCGCAUUGUGUCCUACAUCGAUGCUGCCGUCAAGUACUCCAUCGACGUCCAAUCCAACCUUCCCAAGGAGGCCAACAAACUCAAGGAUUUCAAGGCCACUGUCGCCAAGGACGAAGAUGGCCGUCUCGCCAAACUCAAGGCCGAAAUCACCGCCUGGGCCCAAGAGUUCCCUCUCCCCGUCUAA